UCAGCGUGAGUUUGUUGCCUUUGUGAAGAGAGCAGAGAGGAGCAGGCAUUCUGAUCUAAAUUGUUUAGAUUUCUGUUAGCUAACGUAAAGGAUUCAAACUCAUCUCUACAGUAAUAAAACAGAGCACACGGACCCACCAUCACCUGCCCGACACCGUUACAGACGCAGUGACUCUUCAUGGCAUUGAGACGAGGACACAUCAGGUAUCUGAAGGUGUGUGAGGUUCAGAGCUCUCAGGGUGACGUCGGGCCUCAUGCUGUUAAAGGAGGAGCUGGAAAGGAGAUGUACGAUAACGGGUAUGCCGAUCAGAUGAUGGAGGAUGACUCCAAGACAAACCUGAUUGUGAACUACCUGCCUCAGAGCAUGAGCCAGGACGAGCUGCGGAGUCUGUUUAGUAGUGUGGGCGAAGUCGCAUCGGCCAAGCUCAUCCGGGACAAGGUGGCAGGCCACAGUUUAGGUUACGGCUUUGUUAACUUUGUUAACCCUAAUGAUGCAGAGAGGGCUAUCAGUACCCUCAAUGGCCUGAGGCUACAGUCUAAAACUAUCAAGGUGUCGUUUGCAAGGCCAAGUUCAGACUCGAUCAAAGAUGCUAACCUGUACAUCAGCGGGCUGCCAAGGAGUAUGAGCCAGCAGGAUCUGGAGGACAUGUUUGCUCGCUACGGACACAUCAUCAACUCUAGAGUGCUGGUCGACCAGGCCUCAGGUCUGUCCCGGGGUGUGGCUUUCAUCCGCUUCGAUAAAAGGGCGGAGGCUGAAGAUGCGGUCAAACACUUGAAUGGCCACACCCCCCCUGGAGGCUCUGAGCCAAUCACGGUCAAGUUUGCUGCCAACCCCAAUCAGGCCAGGAACAACCAGAUGAUGCCGCACAUGUAUCACAACACAUCUCGGCGCUACGGAGGCCCUGUCCAUCAUCAGGCCCAGAGGUUCAGGUUUUCCCCAAUGAGCGUAGAUCACAUGAGUGGAGGGGGCGGAGCCUCGGGGAACGGCUCCACCGGUUGGUGCAUCUUCAUCUAUAACCUGGGUCAGGACACAGACGAGGGCAUCCUGUGGCAGAUGUUUGGGCCGUUUGGCGCCGUCAUCAACGUCAAAGUCAUCCGAGAUUUCACCACCAAUAAGUGCAAAGGCUUCGGCUUCGUUACCAUGACGAACUACGAGGAGGCCGCCAUGGCGAUCCACAGCCUGAACGGGUACCGCCUGGGGGACAAAGUCCUGCAGGUGUCCUUCAAGACAAGCAAGGGUCACAAGUAGAGGAGGAAGGGGGGGUUGGGGGGAGGGAAGAGGAGGAGUCUGAGGUCUUCAUCUCUUUCUCGUAUGUUUCUGACGAGUCGUUCACUUCUCAAAGUUUCUACAGCUGCAUUUGUAAUAUAACUGUUUUUUUUUUCCCAGCAUGCUCUGCUUCACUGAAACUGAAGCCAUUUUUCUGUGUAGUGUUUUUAUUUUUUAUUUCAUUUCAUAUUUUUAAAGUGCAGCUUUGUUGUGACAGUGAACUGUUGAUUCAGUAAUAAAUCUGUUCAUGAGGAACUUCA